AUGGCCAACGUCACCUCGGCGACAACCUCGACGAUGCCUGUCAUGCCCUCCUAUCGUCCUCCCACCUCGCCCUACCACCAGCAGCCCGUGCGGCCGUCUGGCGAGCAGCUGGUUUUCGCCGCCCAGUCCACCGGAUCUGCUACCGCCUUUCGAGAGCCCGAUCGGUCCGGCUCGACCCCACAUACUUGGACCUACAGCGCCCCUCUUAGUGCACCCACCUCAAUGACCCUUAGGAAGAGACAGGUCGUAUUGGAGAUUGAGGUGAUCACCGUGGUCAAUGUGGUCCCAAAGGUUAGCUACCCGAACGCCAGCCCAGUCGCAGUCACCGUCACCGUCCCCCCGCCAGCCAAUACGAUGAUCAGUAACGGAGGUUGGCCGAUCAUCAAUCCCGGCUCAGCGGCGGCCUGUUGUCAACAACGGCUGUAUGCUCAUGUGUGGAUGCUGCUUGUACCCAGUGUCGCUGUCAGAUUAUCUCCCCCAAUAUGUGUACCGGACAAGCAUGGUCAAAUGCCACAUGGGUUUCGAGUGCGCCAGCAAAGACUGUCCAAGUAA